AAAGGAAAAAUAAGUUGGUUGAUGAAGAUAAAAAGAAUUGUUCCAACAACUGUCUGAAUAAAUUAAUGUCAACAGACACGUCAUCACCUCCUUUUUCUCCACACUAAACUCCAAGUCCUCUCCAUCUCCUUCCAGCAAUUCUUCAAUCCAAGUCUGUGAUGAUCUUCAAAACUUGUACACAUACAUAAACACAUCACAACAACAAUAAUAAUGUCCGUCUCGGAGCUGAAAGAACGCCACACAGCAGCUACACAAACUGUUAAUUCACUCCGUCAACAAUUGAAUCAGAAGCGAUUGCUCCUGCUCGACACUGAUGUGGCAGGAUAUGCUAGGGCUCAGAACAAGGUUCCUGUUACUUUUACGCCGACGGAUCUGGUUUGUUGCAGGACUCUGCAAGGCCACUCUGGAAAGGUGUACUCACUAGACUGGACGCCUGAAAAAAAUCGUAUUGUCAGUGCAUCUCAAGAUGGGAGGUUGAUAGUUUGGAACGCCCUCACCAGCCAGAAAACUCAUGCCAUUAAGUUGCCCUGUCCGUGGGUCAUGACGUGUGCUUUCUCUCCUAGUGGACAAUCUGUUGCAUGUGGUGGCCUUGAUAGCAUUUGCUCCAUUUUUAACCUAAAUUCUUCCAUGGACAAGGAUGGAAAUGUGCCUGUAUCAAGAAUGCUAAGUGGUCAUAAGGGAUAUGUAUCUUCAUGUCAGUAUGUUCCAGAUGAAGAUACUCACCUUAUAACAAGUUCAGGUGAUCAUACAUGUAUUUUAUGGGACAUUACUACGGGCCUCAGGACUUCAGUUUUUGGUGGUGAAUUUCAAUCCGGGCACACUGCUGAUGUACUAAGCGUUUCUAUUAAUGGGUCAAACUCAAGAAUGUUCGUCUCUGGUUCUUGUGAUGCAACUGCACGUCUGUGGGAUACUCGUGUUGCAAGUCGAGCAGUCCGUACAUUUCACGGUCAUCAGGGCGAUGUUAAUUCUGUAAAGUACUUUCCAGAUGGCAACCGAUUUGGAACUGGUUCAGAGGAUGGAACUUGCAGAUUAUUUGACAUUAGAACGGGUCACCAACUCCAAGUAUAUAAUCAGCCAAAUUCCGAUACUGAUUUUGCACCAGUGAAGUCAAUUGCGUUUUCCAUAUCAGGCCGACUUCUCUUUGCUGGUUAUGCCAAUGGCGAUUGUUAUGUAUGGGAUACUUUGUUGGCGCAGGUGGUUUUGAACUUGGGCUCUCUCCAAAACUCGCAUGAGGGUCGGAUCAGCUGUUUGGGCUUGUCAGCUGAUGGGAGUGCUUUGUGUACGGGAAGUUGGGACUCAAACCUUAAGAUUUGGGCGUUUGGAGGGCAUAGAAAAGUGACAUAAGUAUUCAGUCAUCAGCUAUAUUCGAGUUCCCUUGCUCUUCAAGCCAGGGUAUCUUGCCUUUUAUUGUGCAUUCCUUGUAUCCCUGCUAGAUGUAGUUUUGGUUGAGAGCUGUGUAAUAGAUACUGUUUGGUGCAAUGCCAACAAUUUAUCUAUGAAAUUAUGAAAGAUUUUUUUAA